CAUCAUUAAUUUCACUCUCGUGGAUUUCAGCGUUCUUCUCGAUUUUCUAUUGCUUUUUUCAAACUACUACUCUGUAUUUAUUUUAUUCUAUAUUUUAAUCUGUCUGCACAAUUUCUGAGCACUGCAAUUUACAGCUUGUAUUGUGUUUGUAUGUAUGGUGGUCUUCUUUCCCAAAUCUCGAUGCCGCUGCUAAAAGGGCAAUUCGUAAUUUCAGGAUUCUUUCAUGUAACUAUCGAAUGGAAUCCUAUCUUGCCCUCUAAGUGCUCGACGUUUUGCUUCACAGAAAGCAGAGGGCGAUAAAAAGGAUCCAAUUUUUUUUCUUGGGUCAAGGGGUGGGCAAAAGACCAUCUUUUUCAGAGGGUGGGUUUCUUGUUAUUUUAUUCUGUCUGUAUGGUUCUUGCUGUUUUUGAGCAUGCAAAAAAGGAAGAGGAGGAAUACACAGAGCUCCAUAGAUUAUGAAGCACAAGGUAGACAAGAACAGUGAUAUUGAUUCGAGUAAUACUCAAGAGCAGAAGCACAAGGAAAGGCGGAUUGUCUCAUGGUCUCAGGAGGAAGAUGAUAUUCUUCGAAAGCAGAUUCGAGAACAUGGAACUCACAAUUGGGUGAUCAUUGCAUCAAAAUUCAACGAUAAAACAACAAGACAAUGUCGAAGAAGAUGGUUCACUUAUUUAAAUUCUGAUUUCAAGAAAGGAGGAUGGUCGCCGGAGGAAGAUAAGCUCUUAUGUGAGGCACAGAAGAUAUAUGGAAACAGGUGGACUGAGAUCGCAAAGGUUGUUUCAGGCAGAACUGAUAAUGCUGUGAAGAAUAGGUUCACCACUCUCUGCAAGAAGAGGGCAAAGAGGGAACCUUUAGCAGAACAAAACAAUACUGAGUCUUACAUUCAUUUAAACAACAAAAGGGUUUUAUCUCAUAAUGGAUACAUUGCAGAUUGGAGCCCUAAAAGUGAUGAACCUAUUAAAAGGAUAAGACUUUCAUUUUCGGUAGAAUCUGAGGCUAAAUUCCCCACUCAGCUGCCUGUUGAGGCACCAUGCGAUGGAUCUAUGGAAAACUUACCUGGCCAAUCGUUUCUUGAAAAAGAUGAUCCCAAGGUGCUCAGUUCAGUUGCAGUUGAAGUCAAUGAAGAGAAAACAGAUUUGAGCCUUGAGAAUGAACAGAUGGUUCGAGGAGAUUAUCUGAGAGGAAACAAAGAAAGUGAGUCAGCUGUGUAUGAGUCAUCCCCUACAAGCUCCGAACUCAGUACAGGAUCGACUCUGAUAUCUAAAACUCCGGGCAGUAAAACAGAAGAACACCAACAUUCGCAGCUGGAUCAAUACGAUCAUCAAGUUGAAAACAUGGCAGCAAGUGACCUGAAAGGCAAUGAAGGAGCUUCUUACACAGAAUUCACCUCCCCUCUUCAAGUCACGCCAUUGUUCAGAGCAUUUGCAGCAGCAAUUCCCAGCCCACAGUUUUCCGAAAGCGAGAAGCAUUUCUUGAUGAAGACUCUAGGAAUGGAUUCGCCUCCGAUAAGUCCGAUCAUGAAUGCUUCCCAUCCUCCACCCUGCAAGAGGUCCCUGUUACAUUGCCUAUGAUCCACUUCACUUGUUUAUCUUACAAACUACGUAUGCAGAGUUCUGAAUCGCCGCGAACUCAUCAUCCAGUGUGGAGUUCUUUUCGAUAUCAUUUUAGGAUUUCUUUCAUCCUUGUGUUGCAUGCAGCCAUCUUGACCUAAG